AUGGUGGCUCGGAAGGAGCAAGGGAUCGGGAAGAUGGUGGAACACUCUCAAUCCCCCAAUAGGACCAUGGAGGACUCUAAACCAGACUAUAUUCCCGAAGAUGAUGCGCAGUUGCAACGGAUGGGCCACAAGCCCGAACUGCAACGGAACUUCUCGACUCUUUCGAUGCUUGGCUUGGCAUUUGCGGUGCUGAAUUCGUGGACGGCGCUGUCGGCAAGCCUAUCAAUCAGUCUGACCUCGGGCGGGAGCACUAGUGUUAUCUGGGGGCUGGUCACCGCAGGCGUCUGCAAUCUAUGCAUCGCAACAUCCCUGGCCGAAUUUCUGUCCGCAUAUCCGACGACAUGUCUAAUGUGUUACAUUACAGCGCUGGAGGCCAAUACCACUGGGUGGCUGAUCGCGCUCGUGGCUACUAAUGCCCUAUUGUCGAGUCAACUCAUCGUUGGCAUUGUUUCUGCAGUGUAUCCUGACUUUGUUUGGCAGCGAUGGCAGCAGUUCCUCAUCUAUGUGGGGUACACAUUACUGGCGUUUGUCGUCAACGCCUUUAUGAACUCCGUGUUGCCGAUUAUCUACCGUGGAGCUUUCACCUGGUCCAUCGGGGGGUUCGUGCUCGUUUCUAUUACUGUGCUGGCGUGCGCGUCGCCGGACUACAACACAGCCUAUUUUGUAUUCUGUGACUUUGUGAAUCAGACGGGAUGGCCUGACGGAGUAGCCUGGCUACUAGGGCUUCUACAAGGAGGCCUCGGUGUGACUGCAUUUGAUGCGGUGGCGCAUAUGAUUGAAGAGAUCCCUCAACCCUCUAUUAGAGGGCCCAAGAUCAUGGUAACCUGCGUUGCCAUCGGAACAUUCACUGGUGCCAUCUUCCUCAUGGUCCUCCUGUUCGUGGCAGGCGAUAUCAACAAAGUCGUGAAUUCAAGCGCAGGGCCUCUCCUACAGAUCCUGCUUCAUGCGACCAAUAACACGGCCGGCGGUAUAUGUUUGCUGAUGCUUCCACUGGUCUGCUUGGUUUUUGCAACCCUGAGCGUGAUGACGACGAGCAGUCGGAUGAUCUUUGCAUUUGCCCGAGAUGGCGGCCUCCCAGCGUCACGGAUCUUCUGUCGCGUCCAUCCGAAACUGAAGCUCCCGCUGAACGGGCUGCUGUUGACGUCUUUCGUGGUGAUCAUUUUCGGGCUGAUCUAUCUGGGCUCUACCAGCGCAUUUAAUGCCAUCAUCUCCUCCUCUGUCGUGGCAUUGGACCUGUCUUACGCCAUGCCCAUAGCCGUGAACUGCCUCCGAGGGAGGAAGACGCUUCCUGAUCGGAAGUGGAGACUGCCUGCAAUAUUCGGAUGGAUUGUGGAUAUUAUUUCCCUGUCGUAUAUUGCUCUCACGACAGUGUUGUUCUUGUUUCCGCCGGGUCGACCGGUGACCGGCAGUAGCAUGAAUUACUGUAUCGUUGCAUUCGCGAUUAUUGUGGUAGUCUCGGUUGUGCAGUGGAUUGUCGAUGGCCGGAAGAACUUUACGGGUCCGAAGGUUGAGCACUAG